CACACUAAAGUUGACCAAAGGGAGCAGAAAGGAAGUUAGAGGUCCUGGGUUUGGGGGUCAUCCCAGCUGGCUUUUCCUAAUGAGGCAAAAUGGGACCUCAGCAGAACGAACAGCCAUCACCAGAGUUGAUAAAAAGGACAGAAAUCCUCACUUCACAUGCUGACAACACAACAAAGGAACACCUCAACACUCUCUCCAAAUGAUUCUGCCACUAGUCUGGCAGUGCAACCCGAGCCAGGUGCCAAAUAUAGCCCCACACGGCGAGCGGUCAGGGACCGGCACAGAUGGAACAGCAGGCCCUGCAGAGGCGCUACGCAGUUGGACUCUGAACCUUAGAGGUCCUGCUGACGCCUGAUUAACAGAGUUUGUCUUCUUCUCACCAGAACAAAGACAAACCUGGAACCGGUGAGAACGUGUGGACGGACCGGCCCAUGAAGGAUGCAGGACGGGAGUCGGAACAAGUCACUCCCCACCUCCAAGCUGCUCAGAGAACCUUCAGCAGGCAGGGCUUUGGAAGGCAAUGGAGGGAUGUUUUCUGAGGCUUCUUCUGAUGGAGAACUCUGCAUGGACUCAGGGACAGAGCUGAAUUGUGGAGAUGGAGACUUUGCAGAUCUUAAUGCUUUCUUGAGUGCAGAUGAGAUUAAUCGUAGCCUUGACCUGGCCCUGGAGGCCUUCAGUAAUGUGUGUGAACCUGAAGAUCCAGGUCCAUCUUGUCUUCCAGAGCAGGAGCAGGCCCUCCAGUCAGCCUCUUCCCUUCCUCUUUCUCAGCAAAUCCUUGAAAACGUCAGUCUAAGCCCAAACCUGCAGCACCAGACCAAAGCUAUUUGCCCUGAAGAUUAUACACCAGUUCCCCUUUCCUCCAGCCAGAGCGCCUGCUUCAGUAAGCCUGAACUCUUGUCUGGUCAGGCUCAGUCCUCUGUUGAAAAACCUGUCUGCCACAAACCCACCAAGCCUGUGUACAAGCAGGACAAACCCAGGCUGGUCCAUGGAGGUCUGGAGCUGAGCGACAGAGCUGCUUCAGCCUCAGAAUUCUGCAGCCGAGCUGCCACUUUCAUCGAGGAGCUGUCCUCCAUCUUCAAAGGUUCUGCUCAUUUGGAGCAGCAGGUUGAAGAGGAGUCGUCCUCCCCUGACAGCGGCUAUCUGUCUCCAAGAAACCAACAGGGCUCAGCCUGCGUUCCCUCGCUGCCUCCCGGCCAGAGAGACGAGGCGCAGAGCAGCCAGAGCGAGGUGAGCCCCCAUUCAGGAGGCCCUGCAGUAGAUGCAGCCUCUGAUGGAGACCAACACUCUGCAGCUUCUGCAACCUUUGGACCUUUGUCACCUCCUCAGUUCUUCCAAAAGUUGAAGAGUCAGGAAGUAGCAGAAGGAAGUCCCAUCCAUCUGGAAUGCAGAGUUGGAGGAAACCCCCUACCGCUGGUCAGGCCAGGCAGCCGCAACAUAAAAGCUGACGCCCUCUCGCAAGUACUGCUCUUCCGAGGAUCCGGACACCUCCACCACCAACAUCAUCCCAUCCACCUGCAUAAUUGGGGCGCUCACCUGGGACAUCAAGACCAAAGUUAUUCAGGCACAAGGUGGUUCUGUGAGGGGCGGGAGCUGCAAAACUCUCCUGACAUACAGAUCAGUACAGAGGGCGACCUGCAAACGCUAGUGAUCGCCGAGGCCUUUGAGGACGACACCGGGCGCUACACCUGCGUGGCCUCCAACAGCCUGGGAGCAGAAAACACCUCUGCUGAGGUGUACAUCGAAGGUGCGUCCUCAUCAGACUCGGAGGCAGAAGGAGCCGGGUCAAAGUCCAGAUCAGGAGCCAUGCCUCAAGUGCAGAAAAAGACUUCUUCAAUGUCCCUAACAAUACGCUCAUCAUCGCCCAAAGCUCCAGAGGUUCCUCCUCAUCGCUCCUAUCUGGUCCAGUCCAUGUCUCAGCCUCCACAGCGGACGCAGAGCCCGGUGUCGCUGCUGCAGGGGAGCGAUGUAUCUGGUUCUCCCGUUUUCACCAAGCACUUACAGGAUGCUCAGGCCUCAGAGGGUCAAGUGGUGGUUCUGGAGUGCCGGGUCCGAGGAAGCCCUCCUCCACAGGUCCGGUGGUACAGAGAAGGAAACGAGAUCCUGGACUCCCCUGACUUUCGGAUAUUACAGAAAAAGCCUCGAUCAGCUGCUGAGCCAGAGGAGAUCUGCACGUUGGUGAUAGCUGAGGCUUUUCCGGAGGACGGUGGUCUGUUCUGCUGCACGGCAUCCAAUCCCUGCGGUUCUGUUGGCAGCUCGGCCCGGCUCACCGUCACUUCAGCAGAGGAUUUGUCCACUAACAGCAUGUCUGGUGACAGCUCGGGUUUUGAGGAUACAGUUUCCUUCCCUCCACCUCCACUCCCCACUGAGAUCCCCCACCUGGAGCCACCCAAGACGCUGCCUCCAUCCGGCUCUGAGGCCUUCCACAGCGAGGAGCUGGAGAUCUGGCCCAGCAUGUCGGCUGCAUCUCCGGUCCAGAUCGCUCCAGACGCACAGGAGAAGCAGGAAGACAGUCAGCAGAAUGGACAUCACCCUUCCCCGCCUCCAAUCAAAAAGACCACGCCCCCUCCUCCACCUCUGCCGCACACCAACCCAGAUGAUCCAGCAAAACCGCAAAGUCCUGCCCACAUGACCCCAAGCUCCCCCCCAACUCCAGGAAAGCUGUCUCCAUCUUCUGGAAGAGACGGCCCUCCACUGCCCACCAGGCCCAAGCCAAAGCUGAACGCCGACCAGCUGAAGCAGCUCCAGGAACAGGUUUUGCUGGAGCAGCAGGAAGCAGCUAACUGGGGACGAGAGCAGCAGAACCAGGAAGUCCUCCCACCUCCUCCCCAGCCACCACUUCAGGAGAUACCUCCACCGGCUUCAUCCUCUCCUCCUCUUCCCCCUCCUCCAUCCUUCCAGGAGCUGGAGAGCAGCACAGCCAUGCAGGCCAGCACCUUCAACUACACCCGGCCAAAACAGUUUAUCGCCGCUCAGGGCCCUGGGGGAGGCGGCUUCCUCAACAGCUUCUCCGGCUCCUCUGGGUCCAGCCUGUCCUCCCCUUUGUCUCCUCCUGCCUCCCACAAGCCCUUCAACCGAGUCAGCCUGCCCCCGUUCACCAAAGCUGGCAGCGUUGAGUCUCCAAGCUCUCCUUCCUUUCCACCUCCACCUCCACCCUUCUUCACUUCCAGCAACCUGUCCUCCCCCUCAGGCCUCACCCAGGACUUCCCUCCUCCUCCUCCUCCUCCUCCUCCUCCACCUGCCUCCAUGUCUCCAGCCCACUCAGACGUGUCCUCUCCGUUCUCCUCCAUCCCUCCAUCUCCUGCCUCUAGCUUUUUGUCCUCCGUGCUGUCCUCUGUCCCCACUACACCCAGCAGUCCUCCAGUCAACGCCCUGGGUCUUCCUAAAGGCAACGGCACUGUAAAAGUGAUUCCCAAAAAGCCGUCAAUCAGCAAGACGCAGCGCAUGGCGUCAGACUCGGACAUCCAGGGGUCUAAAGACGCCGUCAUCCAGGACUUGGAGAGGAAACUGCGCUUUAAGGAGGAACGCACAAGCAACGGCCAACAGAGGUUAACCUAUGAGGAGAAGAUGGCCCGCAGGCUGCUGGGGGCCGACAGUGCUGCCACAGUCUUAAACACUCAGGACCCGGCGGAGGAGCCGGUCACACAGGAAUACAAAGUGUCCAGCUUCGAACAGCGCCUUAUCAGUGAGAUUGAAUUCCGCUUGGAGCGCUCCCCGGUGGAGGAGUCAGACGAGGACGUGCAGUACGAUGAAGACGCCGCCGGGCAGGGGGUGGCGCCGUCCUUUGAACAGAAGCUCAAACACUACAAAGUGUUUGAGGGCAUGCCGGUCACGUUCUCCUGCAGGGUGAAGGGAGAACCCAAAGCAAAGAUCUACUGGUUUAAAGACGGCAAGCAGAUCUCCAAGCGCAGUGAGCACUACAGAAUCAACAGACACCCGGACGGGACCUGCUCUCUGCACACCGCCGCCGCCUCGCUGGAUGAUGACGGCAACUACACCAUCCUGGCCGCAAACCCACAAGGCCGAGUGAGCUGCACCGGCAGGAUGAUGGUGCAGGCGGUGAACCAGCGAGGGCGCAGCCAGAGAUCCACACCUGGACAAAUGCGCAGGUCCAGAUCCCGGUCCAGAGACAGCGGAGACGAAAACGACAACAUCCAAGAGCGCCACUUCCGCCCCCACUUCCUGCAGGCCCCCGGGGACCUGAUCGUCCAGGAGGGCCGCCUGUGCCGGAUGGACUGCAAGGUUAGCGGCCUGCCGACCCCUGACCUCGUCUGGCAGCUGAAUGGACACAGCAUCCGCCCUGACUCCUCCCACAAGAUGCUGGUGAGGGAGAACGGCGUGCACUCGCUGGUCAUCGAGCCCGUGACGAGUCGCGACGCCGGCAUCUACACCUGCAUUGCCAGCAACCGGGCCGGCCAGAACUCCUUCAACCUGGAGCUCAUCGUUGCAGGUGAGUGUUUGUGGCAGCAGCGCAGUCUGCAGCCGCGUGGACUCAAACCCUCCGUCCCCACAGCCAGAGAGAUGCACAAGGCGCCGUCGUUUGUGGAGAAGCUGCAGAACACCAGCGUGGCGGAGGGCCACCCUGUGCGGCUGGAGUGCCGGGUCACGGGGGUUCCGUACCCCCAGAUCUUUUGGAAGCGGGAGAACGAGUCCUUCACUCACAACACGGACAGAAUAAGCAUGCACCAGGACAACUGCGGCUACCUGUGUAUGAUCAUCCAGCCCGCCUCGAAGGAGGACGCUGGCUGGUACACGGUUUCAGCCAAGAACGACGCCGGCAUCGUCUCCAGCACAGCACGCCUCGACGUCCACACUCAGUGGCAGCAGCCCAACCUCCCCAAACCCAAGAAGGUGCGGCCUUCCACCAGCCGCUACGCUGCCCUGACGGAGCGAGGUCUGGACGUGAAGGCCGCCUUCUUCCCCGACUCCAGCCCCCUCCCGCCGGGGGCCCUGGUGGAGAGCGAGGAUCUGUAGAACCCACGGUCUGAGACUCUGAAAGGGGGCGGGGCACCCAGACGCAAAGGGAGAGGGCGCCAUUACAAACAUCACAGAUGAGGAUGAGAGAAGACUCCAGGACCCCUCCAUGCUGAUACAGUGCCCGACAUCCCCCCUCUGCAUGCUGAAGAGUUUCCUCCCCCCACCCUACCGACUGCACCUCCACCAAACCAAGCCCCCCCACCAACAGGACAGUUCCAGCUCAGGUUAGGAGGCUUUUCUGAGGGACAGAUGUUAGUAAAGAGGAGGAGACGACGAGGGAUGAAGCAGGUUGACCUGGGGGAGAGGUGGUGAUGAAGAGCAACGUUUCUGCUUCCUUGACUGGUUUGAAUCCAGAACAUCUGAGAUCUUAAAUGCCCGUGGAGGUUUCCCUUUAGAACGUUUUCAGUCUUUUCAUUUUAUUUUUGUAUGAAAACCAAAGCUCCUCUGCGGUUCAGUUAUCCUCACAACCUUCUGCUCAUAGAUAGAAACGGUUUGGAUUCUGACGUUUUAUAAAUCUAUUCUUAGCCUUGGACACCAGCUUUCUCCGCAUGUUCCUUUUGGACACUUGUAGAGUCACACACGACUCUUUUCUCAGUAUUUGGAGGUAAUAAACACUCAAAAAAGGUUUCUUUACA